UGUAAAGAUUUCGCAUUUCGAUCGCGCUGUACACGACGACGCGCAGCGCGCAUUUAUCCUACGGAGCGGGCCCGUCAUCGGGCGCGCCGAAACGAAAAUAUCGAUCGCGCGCGAACGGGCGCCGACGGAACGGCCGGCGUGCAGUCUGUCUGGCACCGUUGCGGGCGUACGAUCGUUCCCGGCGCGUUUCACGGAGUGGCCGCAUUCUUUUCAGCGUUAUUCCUGCGAGUAAGUGUGCACAAUAUUAUCAUUAUUCGCCGUUCUCGGCGCGCAUUCCUCGCGGCGACGGCCGCGGUAAACCGCAUCCGUUGCCCGUCGUACAUUGCGAUUUAUACAAUUUGAACGUUACCCGCCGGCAGCGCGUUACAGUUCGCGCUGACCGCGAACAAUUACCGGGUUUGCCGACAGUGCGUUACGGUACGGGCGGGCACCGGUGGGCCCGCGGUCCCGGGAUUUCCGCCACGGUUACCGGUCGUCGCAAUCGAACGUGCGAUUGUGCGAACGGCCGUUCCGAUGGUCCGCACGGGAGAUUAUUCGUUCGUCGCGCGCGCGUAAAACGAAAAUACCGUACGGCUGUUCCAUUCCGCGUUCACGGCCUUGGACGCGGCAAAAGCACGCCGGAACCGCGUCGACCGUUGCCACAUUUCUGGCGCGCGGCAAUAGACGCAGACGCCAAUCGCGAUCGAUCGCAAUUUUUCGCAAUGUUCAAAUCGGCGGCGGUUUUUUUUUUUUCUAUUCUUUAAACGGGCCCGUCCCGUUUUCGCGGCUAAAUCACGCGCGAACCCCGAAUUUCGCGACAUUUUCAAGCGUGGGUUUUUCACGACAUUUCAGGAGUUCAAUCCUCCGGCGUGGAUUUUUUCGAAACGACAACCUGCGCGUUUUAACGCAAAUCACGAAACGGACAGUUUAUCCGGAAAUGUUGACGCAUUGUAAUCGAAAUUUUAACGAAAAGUUUCCGAGUAAUUCUAUUUCAAACACUACACGGAUAAUAUUCUGUUGUAUUAUAUGCAUUGUAAACGGGUGCGCAUUCGGUGACAUUCGUUCAUAAGAGUCCUGUCAAACGAAAACAUUGUCUCGGGCAUACAUGACUACUACUAAUAACAAAAUAUUUUAUAUCGCGUAUCUAAUGACAAUAAACCGAAUCGUACCCGUGUACAAUGUAUUUUGAACGGACCACCGUCCUCGGUAUUUCAAAUGGAAUAACUCAGAAUCAGAAACUGUUCGUUCAAAUUUCGAUUGCGAUACAAAAAAAAAUACAAGUCGAUUGUGGCGAUAACAACAACUUUAAUUGUACACAUCAAUUGGCCACCGAAUAUUCCUUAAAUGCUGUGAAAAAUCGAAUUAUUCGAAAAUACCGUCUUUGAUGACAGCGCUUAAAAAUCCCCCAAAAAAAUCAUAAUAAUUUAAAUAAACCAACGCAUAAUUCAACCAUAAAAAUGGCACGAACAUGCUUAAAAAAAACCCCUAUAUCAUAUUUAUAAAUGGAAUUCAGAAUAUGUCGUCCGAUUUUUAUCGUUUCUGAACACCUUAAUCAAAUCCAUACGAAACUUCACUAACCACUAUAUGGCCCUAAAACUAAAAUUUAGUUCAGCCGCAACUUUAUCUAUUUGUACAAUUUUUGACGUAGGUGAUCAUUUGAAAAUCAAAAGUCGUUGAAAUUAAUGUUUUGACUGCCCAUUGUGUAAAUAGGCGAGAAAAAAAGCGCUGUAUACAAUUUUAGAACUUAUAAUGUUUAUCUAAUUUUCUAAAAAGAAAAUCCCAUAACAAAUAUCGAGUGUGCUAUUAUUACCGAAGAUUAAACAUCCUGUAUUUGGAUAUAAUAACGAACAAUUUACUAGCGGAAAUAUGAUGUAAUUUUAUGCAAAUACGAAGGUGUUUGAUUAAUAAAUGUUGCCAAAAAAAUAAUAGAUAAUUUUGUAACGAAAUUCCCCUAUGCUUAGUCGUGAUUUGAAUAUAAUAUAUUGUGUAAAACAUUUGGUAAUUGUUUUGCUUUGGUCAACAACCGUGCAUUAGUCAUGCUCAUAGAUAAUAAUUAUUCAUAUAAAGAUAAACUAUGAAUAAUUUUAUUGACGUAAACGCAAAUAGCACAAAUAGUUUUGAGGGCUUAAGGUUACCAUGAAUUUUAUGAUUAGUAUUGAUUAUCACGUACACUUAAUACUUAUACGUAAUGAAGACUUUAUUUGUAGGCAAGCUUGGAGAAGUUAAACAAGUUAUUUAAAUCACGCAUUUAAUUAUUAUAUUUCGAUACUUACCUAUUGAAUUAUUUUAAAGUAUUUAAACAGGUAUAUAUUUUAGAAUAAUAUUUGUCAUUAUUGCAUUAGGCAGGUACGAGUAUUAUUAGUUAGUUGACUGUAGUCAAUUGAAUAUUUUUUCAAAAAAUAAAUAAUAAUAAUACAUAUAAAUUAGAUAAUGUGGAACCGAUUUUUAAUCUAAAUCUAAAUAGAUCAUCAUCAAUAUUGUUUGAAAUUAAUUUGUUUUUUAAAUGUAAAUGUAAAAUUAAUGUAUUUGGCUUUUCUCUUUUUGAUAAAUCAAUACAUUUAUAUUAUAGUUUAUUAUGACGUUAACGUCAGACUCUUCAUCAUAAACCUACUGAUGUCCAUAAUAAAUACAUUAUAUUAUACUAUCGAACGUUAAAAUUUAAAAUCAAUAUCAAAACUAUCGAUUGUAUCGCAUACAAAAACCAUUCUGUACGGGUAUACUUCAGAAUAAUUUUAAAUUUGUGCCUUUUCAAAAUUUCAACACAUGGGAUAUUGUGUAAGUUAUAUAGCUAUUAUGGUCACAGCGUCAUAAACAUUACACAAUACCUAUCUACUUAAUAAUUUGCUGAGUAUAAAAGCAGAGUGAAAUGAACAUGUAAAACUGCAUGAAAAAUACUUCAGUUAAUACUUAUUGUUAUAAUAAUAGUUAUUGUUGACCCAAGAUUGCUUAAUCAUUAUUGAAACAAUCCAUUGCGCUGAUAUCAUUAACAUUUAUGAAACCGUACGUACAGCUCAUUAAUUGUGUCUAUCUCGCUAAAACAUACAUUUAGUAUCUAAUCGUUUCUAAUAAACUUAAUUAUGAUUGCGUUAAGGAAUCAGUGAAUCUGUACAGAGUGAUUAAUCGUCGAUAAGACACUCAUUAUCCCGAAAACCAUUAACAUUUUUCGACAUUUUGUUUUCUUUGUUUUUACCAUUUAAGAAACAAAUCGAUCUCAAAUGUUACUGUUAUUUUUUGUCACAUUCUUUUUGAAGCGUGAAAUCACUACCCACUUAUGGUUUUAAAAUCAAAACCAUCUAUUAUAAUUUCAUAAAUAGAUGAAGUUUUAGUUUAAAUACAUUUUGGUUUUAACAUUUUUAAUUUCCGUCAACCCGUUGUUCAGAUGUUUCAUUCAAUGUUUGGGUAAUGGGAAAGUAUAGUGGUUCAUCUACUACACCCAUAUUCAAACUUAGAAAUGUAUGAUAUUUAGUAUAGGUUUUGAUUUGAAAAUCGUAAACGGGUAGUGGUUUCACAUCCGAAAAUAAGGAUGAUGAAAAUAACAGUGACAUUUCAGAGCUGCUCGUUUCAAUAAUUAUCAAACAAAUUCCGACAAAAGUUAAUCAUUACUGAGAUAAUAAGUGUCUCAUUAAAGAUCAAUCGCUCAAUAUAAUCAGCAGUAAAGUGGUUUUAAAUAACACAGUUCAAACAUCAUCCAAGCCUAUGAAGCUUUUCUGCAGAAAAAUAAUAAUUCUUGAUAAAAUGAUAUGCGAAAUGCGUUCAUUAAAGUGCAGGCAGUUCGGUAUUGUUGUUUAUUAAUAAUAUUUGAAAACUAAAUAAAACAUUCGAAAAGAAUAAUUAAAAAAAAAAAAAAAAAAAAAGGUUUAGCGUUAUCAAAUAAAAAUAAGCCAUAUAAAUUCAAAUGUACGAUCAAAUUGUUAAUAACACGAACAUGUUUUCAUUAUUAUGUAGUUGUCAAUCAAUCAAACAUUUUAAAUUUGAAUUUGGCAAAAAAAAAAAAAAAAAAAACGCAUUUUUCAUGGCGUUAUGCGGUUUACGCGAUAAAUUGUAUGUUUCACGCAGCAGAGCCAGUAUCGUCGGGCAUGUUAUAAGUAUGUGUCACUGGCGGAUCUCCAAGGACGAACCGUUGUACAUUAUUCUACUAUUAGAAAAAUGAAUAAUCGCCUCACAUGUGCGCGACGCGCAACCUUCAAGCUUCUUGACGUUCACGAUUCACCUGCGUUAGACACAUUCGUAUUCACCGUAGUCAUCGCACGGACAAAUUUUCUUUUCCGCGUUAAUUCGCGAAUUCGGAAAUCCCGCGGUACGGGUCGAAUUCUGUAUUCGAUAUUUCAGCAGUCCAGUGUGCCGUAUUAAAAGUCCCAACGGUCAUGUUUGAUGCGUAGGUAGGAAAACAUAACGGAGGGGAGGAGGGGUUGCACGCGUUCGUCGCCCCCUCCCCCCUCCCGGGGGUCAGUUAUCGAUUAGAUAUUAUCGGCAUAGUGUUAUGAUAAACCGUGUUCGCGUUAGUACCGUAGUUACUGUAGUGGACAACACAAUCAAUAUAAUCGAUGUUUAUUAUUAAAACGUGCAAAGUGCCAAACUCUUACAAACUUAACGCAGACAAACAAAACAAUCAAUGUAUGCAAUUUAACGUUCGUUCGUUUUAUCAAUUGAUAUUAUGAAUAUGCGUCUGCAUCGCGUGCACUGCUGAAUUUUCUAAAUUUUUUUUUAACCGGUAUUUUCAUAAUUUCUGGGCAUUGUCUACGUUACCGUAAUUUUUCUUGCGCAGAGAAAACAAAAUAUGAUAACUGUAAAGUAUUCGUGUAUAUUUUAAUCCUAAUUAAUGAAUUAAUUGUAUAAUCUGUUUGAAUAUUUACAAAUUUGUCAAUAAUUUUAAUUAUGAUCUGUGUAUGAAGUCGACCAACUUAAAUAACGACUAUAAUAUUAAAUCGAGAUAAAAACUAUAUUUUAAUAUUUGGAUUAAGAAUUUAAUUUCAUUAUUAAUAGUAACGGUUCAUUGGAUUAUUUUAUAUUUUGUUUAUUAAUUAUCUCAUUUAUAUUAUUUAUGCUCGUACAGUUAUCCAGAUGUCAAUAUUAACUCAGAACUUUAUAGUCGAAUCUAAAUUCCAAAAAAAAAAAAUGUGUAUGUUAUUUAUUUAUUAUUAGUUGAUGAACUCUAUUUUACCUUAUAACUUAGAAACUGUACGAAUGUGACUAUGAAUAUUCGAAAAAAUUUGCUAAAAUCAAGUCUCUACCUAUACUUGUGUUAAGUAAUUUUACUUUAGACGAUAUUAUUGUCUGCCGCAACGAAAAAAGGUCGUCAGUUUUUCCAACUAUUUAGUUUUUUUUUUUUUUUUUUUUUUUAGUGUAAAUAAAUAUUUCAUAAAAAUCGAUAUACGACGACCUUUUCGUCGUGACAGACAAUUAAGGGGACGCUAUACCAAAAUGUGCACAGUCCAACUAACGGGCAAUAUAGCAAAAUCGACCUUGCGUAGAUUACAUAGAACUCGCUCAAUUUUGGUUUUAAAGUGUAAAACGCCCGUUAUAAAAUUAUAAAACGGGACAAUAUUUCGGAUAGCGAAACGGCGCGUUUCUCUUUUUAAAUUUAUUUUUUGAAAUGUGACAGUUGUGCAUAAACACGACUAAAUUAGUUUUUGUUUCUGAAAACGGCGUAUCGAACGAAUGUGUUCGGAAUAAUAAUUCGAUUAAUGGGAAAAACGCGUCGUACCGCCCUCCGGAAUAUCGUCCCGUUCGAAUUGCCCUAUAAAACCGGAUAAUUGAGCGGAGUUUUGCGCAGUCUGCGCGACGCGGAUUUUGCUACAACGCCCGUCAGUUAGACCGAGACGGCGCGUGCGGCCGUGGCAGCGUCCUCUUAAAACAGUACAAGUAUAGGAAUUCGUUUUGUUCGCGCACGAUCGACAGUCGGUUUUCGCUGCGGCGAUGUUUACACGGUACGCGGAUAUGGGGGACAAUUGCCGUUACAUUACAGUUGGCAACUGAUCGUUCGAUUCCACCGGAGUUACGAGGGUUUCGCGUUACGACCCCGAGUCAUUCGCCGUUUAAAUUAAACUGCUAUCGUACGGGUAAAGCCGCUGGCCACGCGGUCGUAUUGGCCAAACGCGAUAGUCGCGUGGCGAUAGUUAAGACCGUCGCUUUUUCAAUAACUCGCUGUCGCCAUCGUUAAAUGUGCGAGCGCCGCGAUUCUGGUUGUUGACGAUUGUAGUACAACGUCGACAUAAUAUUACGUUGUUGUUAAACGAUAAAUGUGGGGCCGAAAACGAUGAGUUGGCCGUUAGACGUGGGGGAUAUAAUAUUUCAAACGAAAUUUGAUUCGGUCAACAGUAUGGCCGUCAAUUCGUUUCGGCGAUUGUUUCCCGCGAUCGCGACGGUUGCGGUGAAACGUAAACGGCGUGGUCCGCACCGCGAUCAAAGCGAUAGGUAUGAUAGUAUCUGUCGUGAACACGUGUCCGUGCGAUAGUGUCGGUCACACGGUGAAAGUGCGGCACGACUAUCGCGUUUCACUGGCAUUGUGCGACCGCGGCUGUUAUCAUUACAGUGUAGCACAAUGUACGCCCGCAGCGUAUUCUGAAUACCCAAAACGCGUGCGAAACAAACACAAUGUAUCACAACAAUGCGUCUACAAGCCGUCCGUACGCACACCGAUUGAAUCAAUUAAAAAUACAUUUGCGAUUUCGGUACAGCACUCCUUCGUUGAAAAAAACUCACGCGCCAUAUCGGAAGACUAAAAAGUUAGAAUAAAAAAAAAAAAAAAAAAUUAAAAAUAAACAUCACCGUUGACUAUACCGUGAUCGUGUUGUGUGUUAUGCGAGUGUACGAGUUUUCCGGAGUGGGGAGACUGCGCGAUUAUUGCCCUCGUCAAAAUAUCAUCGCGUUUAUUUAUUUUUAUUCAAUCUUUACAUUUUUUUUUUCUCAUCGCCGCCGUGACUCACACUAAAUUCUACCGCCGACAGGCCGGCGAUCGCUUUAUAAUAGUAGUGCGCCUUCGUUCUCCCGGUGACUCAGUCUGUGCCGACCGGUCAACGCGUUAACUACUCGUCACUUCAUUUUAUUGUAAUUUUUAUAUUCAUAUUAUUAUUAUUUUUUUUUAUUCGCUUUAGAAUUCAAUUGUCCGACGUCGUCAUGACUUACUACACAACUAGAGUAAGUAAAACGCGUAGAACCCGCAGGGCGAUCCAUUUAUCACGAACCGGCCAUUUUCUCGGAGGAUUUCAAGUGAAUUUUUCAAUUACCGGGGUUUUUUUUUUUUUUUCAAUCAUUAUGGAAUCGGUUGAGAUUUUAUUUCAACACCGUUGUAAAUUGCCUACACGCACGUUUCGUACAUUUUUAUGGAAUUACGUUUUUAAAUAAUCCGAUAUGCAUAACGCUAAUAUAUAGUAUUGUCGGAUUUGAGCUACUUGUGAAUCGUACGAUUUUAAAAUUCAAACCAAAGGAGUAGGAAUGGAUAUAAGUCAUAAAACUCUUUUAUAUUCCUGCGGUCCAAACGUUAAACCGUUACAACUCAUGCACAAUAAAUCCAAUACCGGUGUUAUGAACUGUCAAUAUGUUUGGCAAAACUUUCUUUAUUCGAAUCCGUAUUAAGAAAAAAAAAUGUAAAAAAAGAGAGAUUCCUGUUUGAAUACUCGUUUAAGGCGUGAUAAGUAGGGCGUACAGCGUGAAAAUAGUGUUUAAAGUUAUGGCACGGCCGCGACCGCGGACACACAGAAAUCGAAUUCGAUAAAAAAAAAAACCCCCCGGGAAAAUCGCCGGUUCGCGAUAAACGGAACACCACUCCGUAUAUAUUAAUGUUAAAAAAAAAACUACUAUAAUAACGUUGCGUUUGUUUCCAUUAUUUGUGCGGAUCAGUGCAUUCCCACGGUCCGUCCGGCAGCCGAUUUCGACGCCAACGCCGACGCGGCCGUACUCAGGGCCGCCAUGAAAGGAUUCGGUACGGACGAACAGGCGAUCAUCGACGUGCUGGCCAAGAGGUCGAACACACAGCGACAGGAGAUCAAAGAGGCGUUCAAGACGCUCUACGGAAAAGUAUCUAUAAUAAUAAUAAUAAUAAUAAUAAUAAUAAUAAUAAUACGUGAAAUAUUCAAUGGCUUAUAACGCGCGUUACGCCACUCUCAUCCCGCCCUUCCCUCAUCGCCCCCCCCCCACCGGUGAAAGUCCGCGUCCAAUAUUCCGCGAUGUUUUACGAUCAUCGGCGGCGUGAAUCUGCGGCUCUGCCCCUCUUGCCACGGCAUUACAAUAGUAUUACACGGUCUCGGAUAUUUCGCGGUCGGGUUGACCUUAAAAACGUGAAAAAAAAAAAAAAAAACAAAAUAAUAAUAAUAAUAAUGAAACGCUACACGGUGCAUUAUAGAAAUUAUUGCCGCACGUUCGCGUACACACUAUCGACGAGAUAGGCGCGGUGAGGAGCGGGAGUCGCCGGGGACGGUUUUUGUCGGUUUGUCCGCUCGAAAUUCAUAACAAUCUAACCGCGGCACCACGCCAGUGUUUCGUAAAACCAGACGAAAGAACGCGUUUCGUUUUUUUUUUUUUUUUUAUCUUUUUUUUUCUGCUACUUCACUACCGUCACGUAUCGUUAUAAAAACUGUCGGGCCCGUAAACCAGAAACGUCCGUAACCAGACGCGUACGAUUGCCCGCUCGUACUCUCGCGCCGUUUGAUAUAUUUUUGUUCGAAUAUUUCUGCUUUCUGUAGGCCUCCUCCAUGCAUUACGUCCCAACGUCUAUUAUUGUUUUGAAACCGCGCGUGUGCCCAGUCGCGCUCUGUCGGAUACUUCUCGAAACAACUUUUUCCACGAACUCGCAUUUAGACGCGUUACGGGCGCGUACGGCGCAAAGUGACACCGGCCUUGAUAAAACGCCCGUACAUCACCGUCGUUCAUAACGCGAAAAAAUGGAAAUUAUCCGGUGCAAAGACGACUGCGGUGCGGCGUAGUGACUGCAGUGUAAUCUGUUCGUAAACUCGCGGGGACGAAUUUUUAAAACUGGGAGAACAAAAGUGGCCGAAUGAACACGACUGUAAAAGCCCCGAAACCUUUCCACAACGGACAACCAACGAUGGGUCCGCGACCGUCCGCUGCAGGCAGGCGUUUCACCGCGUACAAUACAUUUCUGAUGUUAGUUAAAACCGACGGGUGUUUUUUUCUCAAUAAUGAUAUUAUUUUCUACCGCCGCCGCCGCCGCCGGUUUCGAAAAUAUAAAAAUAUAAUAGCGGGCAUCGUCGGCGGACGGAAACUCCCUUUUCCAGUGCGACCGAUAUUAUGACGUACGGGCUCGCAAUAAUCCCGGUCGGUUUUCUAUCUUUCGAACGCGUUAGGCGCGCGCGCCGAUCUGUCGUUAAUUUUAAUACGCCCGACGUAUCCGUAUUAUCCGCACGCGUCCUAUCAAUAAUUGAGUUUUGCCGGUUUUCACGUGUUACAGUUUUUGUUGACAUUUCGAUAAUUACGUAUUACGUGACAUUCUGCCGGCCGCGCGACACCGUAUAUUAUUGUUUCAUAUGUAUAUUUUUUUUUUUAUUUUUUUUUUUUUUGAAUAUACGCGGCGGCACUUUAGACACCGCAAACACAUUGUGUUUGUUCGGUGAUACCAAGGCCAUUUUAUAUUAUACUGUGUAGGUACGAGUUUGUUUUAAAAAUCAAACGGAAAUAUAAACUCGCGAUAUUGUUCUGUUGGUUGAUACGUCAACGUUAAAUUUUUUAUUAACAUUGCCUACGGUCGAUUUCAUCAGUGGCGGCACAAACGGAAUGAUUCACUAAACGCGAUAGCAAUACCUAUUAUUGAUGAUUACUAAAGACUUGAAGAAUUUUAGUUGUUGCGUUAUGCAAACUGUUGUUGUUUUUGUUUUUUUUUUCUCUUCAUAGUUUCAUCUCCCCGUAAACCUACAAAUAACUAUAAUUUACAAAUAAAAAUCUUUACUGCGCAACCAAUGUAAUUAACGGCGCGUUCAGGAAUUUUCAACAGGACGGCGGAUGUAGUGGACGAUAAUCGUAAUUCACGAAUGAAUCGCAUCAAGGUCUUCUUUCGUUCCGCCCGACAAUGAACAUUAAUUUGUAUCCGGAUCCAAACAUUUUUAUCGAUGCGUCAAGCUUUUUUUCUUGAAAUUUGGUUGAAACACAAUAUCACUUAGUAAACACACAUAGUUAUUGUAUUUUUAAUUAAAAGGGGGGGGGAUAUAACUUCUAAUGCCCCCGCGCACGCCGCUGCACACGAUACGUAGAUUAUAAAUGCUAAAUUAAUUUUUUUUUCAAACCGAUAAUAUAUUUUACGAUUGUCUAUUAAAAUAUAUCUAUAGAUAACAGUAUUCAUAUACACGUUUUGUCUUUGAAAUAUCCGUUCUGGAGAUAAUACACCGGAAUGUGUUCGGAAAUACAUUGUGAUCGUUAUGUCGAACAGCCGAGGCGUUAUAAAUUUUAAUCCGCGCGAUGGUAAAAUAAAAAAAAACAGCCAUUGUUUAUCCAAAAGGACAAACGCCGUCGAAAUAUAAUAUUAUCAUCGGCUAACGGUGUGUUAUCUAUUGUCUCCGGUUUACUUCGCACGGCCGACUGUUCGGGAUCGCCCGACCUCGUACGCAACAUCGUUAUUAUUAUAAACGUGUCAAGGUAACAAUGUAAUUAUUACAAUUUGUAUUCGCGUACAUUAUUGCGUUCGUUUACACGUUUACAUAUUUGAAAUAAUAAUUACCGUACGGCGUCUUCCGAAUGACGCGUCAGGUUAUACGGUUCCGAGAGCGGGGAGCGAGUAAAAGAAUACCCGUGCCCAAAUACCGACAAAACCGCUACGCGAAAUUUGAAUCAGCCCUGCGCGUGCGUAAAAUCAAAUGUAAUUUAUUAUUCGUUCGGGUGUUUCGUCCAGGAUUUAAUCGACGAUCUCAAAAGCGAGCUCGGCGGUAAUUUCGAGAACGCCAUUGUCGCUCUGAUGACACCGCUUCCGGAGUUUUACGCCAAGGAGUUGCACGACGCCAUCAGCGGUUUGGGAACCGACGAGGAAGCCAUUGCAGAGAUCUUGGGUACUCUCAGCAACUACGGUGUCCGGACCAUUUCCUCCGUCUACGAAAAACGUAAUUAUACUAACGUUACAUGUAAAUUAUAUCUUCGGUCACAAGACAGAAGUAAGAAGUGCUUGAGUUAAUUUCAUAAAAAAAAAAAAAAAAAAAAAAUGGGGGAAAGGAGGGGGUGUGAUAUGGUGAAAAAAUAACGAUACGAUUGUUAUAAAAUUACGGAAAAAUUGACGAUAAUUGACCCGAGUACUUUUUCCUAGGAACCGUAGGUAUAGUAUACCAGAAUGGGUAAAUUAUAUGUUCUCGUAAUUAUAUUAUACCAAAUCAAAAACGCUGAAUAUUUUAUCCGUUUCGUUUUAUAUGUGUGCUGCAGUGUACGGAAACUCGUUGGAAGACGACUUGAAAUCCGAUACUUCGGGAUCCUUCGCAAGAUUGUUGGUGUCAUUGUGCUGCGUGAGUAUACCUAUCGUUUUAUGGAUAGACGUAAAUAUUAUGAUAAGCCAUAAUAAAUGUUCUUCGUUACGUUAGUAUAUUAGUUAGACGAAAUACAAUAUAUUUUAACUCUAGAAAAAAUUGUGUUCGGGGUAUACGUGUACCCUGGUCCCAGCUGAAAGUGUAACACGUGUUUACAUAUCAUAUUCGAAAACAUAACACAUUUUUACGGUUUUUACGUUAUGUUAUAACGUAUAAAAAAAAUGAUUGUAAUUUUAGGCCAACCGUGAGGAAGAUGUGGAAGUGGAUCGUAGCGCUGCCGUCGCGGACGCACAAGCUUUGAUCGACGCGGGUAUGUCGGCAAUUUUAUUUUUUUACCUUAUCUACGGGUACCACCGGACCCGUGGAUUAUCAUAUCACAAUUAUUUGGCGGUUUUACAGGCGAAGCGCAAUGGGGCACGGACGAAUCUACUUUCAAUUCUAUUUUGGCCACUCGUUCCUAUCCGCAGCUAAGAGCCAUUUUCGAAGAGUACGAGAAUCUUGCCGGUAAGGACAUCGUGGAGACCAUCAAGAAUGAGACUUCUGGCGCUUUAGAACACGGUUUCUUGACCAUCGGUGAGUACAUUGGCAUUUUCUCCUGCGGUUUUCGUCGGAUCCCGCGGGAAUUUCGGAAAAUUUAUUACAAUCAUAAACGGUUGCAGUGAAAAGCGCCAAGAAGAAGAGCGACUACUACGCCGAACAGUUGGAAUCGUCCAUGGCGGGCCUGGGCACCAACGAUCGUCAGUUGAUCAGAAUCAUCGUGGGCAGAUCGGAAAUUGAUUUGGGUGACAUCAAAGAAGCGUACCAGAAAAUAUACGAGACUCCGUUGGCCGACCGGAUAGCCGUAAGUUACAGUUUAUCUAUACAGCUGUACGUAAUAUAAAACGCGCGGCAAAUAAUACAAUUUACAAUCGUCACACGGACAAAAGUAUAUUUGACAGGGGUACAACUCCGAACUCAGUAGUUGUCUAUUAUUAUAUUGUACAUAGGAGCUAUGUACAACAUAUAAGUACUUACUUUUCUUUUAUGAUAAAAAAAAAAUCCCUCGUUCGAUUCUUUCUACUCCGCACCACCAUAACGAAAUAUUCAAACUUUCUGCCAGUGGCGGAUCUGAAGCUCAUUGAAAGAGAGGGCGAACUGGUGUCGUAGGUACCUAUUAAAAACAUACUUCUUCGGGAGGAUUUCAAAAUGUGUUUGAUAUGAAUAUACACAUGCAUUCGGUUCUAAUGCACACCACUGGACUCUCGCUCUCCCAAGUGUCUUGGGCACCUAUUUAUAUGUAUAAUUCAAGUAACAAUUUAAAAAAAACUAAACUAAUGAUCUAGCUGUUGUUGCGUUAUUAACAAAAAUUAAAAAGAGUCCAGAAAGGUCGCCACGUCGCCCCCUCAAAUCUGCCACUGCUUGCUGCGGACACAACAUAUCGUCCAAUAUUAAUUUGUUAACAUAAUAUGAUGCAGUAAUAUUACAAAUAAUAAAACCGUUAUUUUUCAAGACACGUCAAGAUCAUGAACGUGUUCUCUGUGCGAAUUAUUUAACGAGUGUUUAUCUUAUCGAAUUCUUUACUUGUACAUCUAUCUCUAAUAUUAUAUUAAACAUUUAUGUUUAACCAACAUCGCAAUAAUAAGCGAGAUAUUUGAUAAAUUAAUCCAGUUUAAAUGUAUAUCAAUACAUCUACAAAUACUCGUACAUUAUAUUUUAAAAUUAUUAAUUUGUUUUCUUGCACGAUUAUACAAAAAUUCAUAAUUUAAAAUUUAUUGAAUAUCUUCUCGGCUUGAUAUAUUAAAAGUGGAAAGUUGUAUACCUACACAAUUGUAUGAAAGAUUGUAUAAUGUGUAAAUAAAUAUUAUUUUCAACAUUAAUUUAUGUAUAGGUAAUUUCACAGUAUUAUAAAACUCGUUAAAUUCAUUAAUCUAAUAGACAACACUGUGUAAAGUCGCAUUUGUACACAUUUUUCAGCAAAGAGUAUUCCAUUAAUUUUAAAACAAUUUGAAUUAGAAUCAUUUGCUAUAGAAAUACUACAAUUGAAAAAUCAUAUUAAUAUAUUAUUUGGUACUUAAUUAAGUAAUCAGUAAAAAGAGACUGGACAGUCUCUAUAAUACCAUCAUCACUUACAUAGCAUAUAACACCGCGUAAACCAUUGUAAUAUUAUAAUGUAAUCAUUAACAAUUUUUUCUGCAACGGUCUAAAUUUUAUUUAUUUAUUUAUUUUUUUUUUUUUUUUUUGUACACGUAAUCGAAUAAUUUUCUCGUUAUUCGAUAACCGUGGCUAAUAUAAUCGAUAUGUGCAUAGGCUAAUGAGGUUUUGUUUUAGGGCGACACCUCUGGGGAUUACAAGCGUCUGUUAUUGGCUCUCGUACACUAAUUAAGCUUUGAAAUGCAUGAGGAAAGGCACGUCGAUAUAUUCUUGCUUUAUCUGUGCAAACGUUUAACUUCAUAUAAAUAACAAAAUUAUUUUAAUUUUACUAUUAUUAUUAUUAUUAUUGUUGUUUUACUUUAACGUCUUGAAUCAAUUAUCAGUGCCUGUUAAACAUUUAUACUUACGAAUUAUAUAUUUUUUCUCAAUAAACCAACAAACAUUAUAAAUUACGAGUCAUAUUGUACCUACCUAUACCUAUAUUAUAUACAUUGUACAAAUACCACCACUUUGACAGCACCUAUAAUAUAUUGUUUAUUAAUAAAUAAUACCGUAUGAACGGAAUUUCGUAAGACACUUGAACCCACAGUAUCUAACCUAACCUUACCCAACCUUAUACUAGUUACACUAACAGACACAACAUCCAGGCAGUAUAAAUACACGGGGAUUGGAAUACUUUUCCCGAACUCAUGGACAAAAAAGGAAAAUAAUACGAUUAGAACUUAAAAUAGAUACUUGUCCUCUGUUGAUCUAAACCCGAUACUGAUCUAAAGAAAUUAGUACCCUCAGUGUAAACCAUAAACCUAGUAGACGAAAAACCACGUCAGCUUUAGACAAAGCAGAGGGGAAAAUGAAAAAACCACGUCCAUUGACCACAUUGGGUUACCUUCGUGAAAAGUAGUUCCCGCACACACACACACACACACACACACAAAAUAACAAACACAGACGCACAUCGCUUACAUUUUAGAACUAUUUCAUACCGUUGUUUUGUAUGCUGACUGGCCGACAAACCAUUACGGUUGUAAAACAAUACCAGCUGCCUACGCUGGAUUAAUUAUUAAACCGAAUUCACAUUUCCGUCUCUCCGGUUUAAAAUUAGUUUUUUAAUGAUACGUGCGUGUGACACAUGCCGUUAUCAGAUGAGUCGGCGUGGCCCCUCAGGAGAACUGACAUUGAAGCAGACAUUAUUCCAUUACCUAUAAUUAUUUCGGUCGUUGCAGCGUAUAUGACUACUCUGAAAUGUUGACAUCAUGCACCAAUUAAGUUAAUAUAUUUUUUUAAUUUUAUUUGAGAUUUUUUUCGGUGAUACCGGGUAUAAAAUACGAUUAUGACGUGCGUUACACUGUAAUAUUGCUAACGCUCAAUUAACUUAAUUGAAAUUGUCCAUCGAUUUUCACCCGGAUACCCACAAGAGAAAUAAUAACUGUGGCCUGCGCACGGGUUAAGGAAAAUAUAUUUUUAUUUGUCAUAUUUUUAAUAUCUACAGGAAUACGUCGUAUAAAUCAAAUGUCAUUUUAAUAAUUGUUAUUCUUCCAAAACGUCAUCGUAAUAAAACACAAUAUUAAAUGUUAUACAAUAAUUUAUAGAAUACACUAAACUAAAAAUUGAAACAGAUAUAGGUAAUAAGUAUUAAAACCCCGUUGAUAAUUGUAUACAUUUUCGGUAGUUAUUCUUAAGCCUGAUCCACACGAUGGUCGUGAAUAUCAUAAUAUUUAGUGUUACAACUAUCGCGAUAACAAUUAUCACAGAGAUAUCGCCCAUACGAUGAUAUAGUAGAGUGAAUUUCAAUAAAAAAAUGUAUGCAAUAGUGUGACAUUUGUUCACAUAGUGAUAGGAGUAAAUAUAUUAACACUCUCAUAGUCUCAUGAUAGUAACUAUUCAUAAUCAUGCAAUGCAUGCAUGACAGUGUGAUUUUUGUUUUCACGAUAGUUCAGAAGAACUUUUAUGUUCGGACGAUAUACCUCAUGAUAGUAUAACUAUCUAUACAGCUGUGAAUUUCACAACUACAGUCUUGUAACUAUCAUCUUGUAGAAAAUAGUACUUACAAUGUUAUACUUAGGUAUCUAAUCAUAUCUACCUGCUACUACACUACAGUUUAUAUAACAACUAUAACCUAUAUGAGUAUGACCAGUUUCCUCUAAAACGAAACUUUUCCAUUUUCACUAACUGUCCCUUGCCGUUUUUCACCAAUUGUAACACCGUUUACCAACAGUGGCGUAUGCGGGAUUUUUUUUAUAGGAGGUAAAGUAAAUUUACACAAUUUUGAUAGCUACGUCCACCUAAAUCAUUAUACAAGGUUUAAUUAUAUAUUAGCCUUUCUAAACUUGGUAAAAUAUUCAAAAUAUUUUGCCGAUUUUGAACGUUUUUAAUUUUAAAUUUUAAAUUCAAAUUUCAAUACAAAUCGUAAAAAUCGUGGCAUUUCAAAACAUGUUUAAUCUAACUUCUUCAGUACCGUUAAUUAAUUGCAAUGAUUUAUCACUGCGAAUAGAUAAUUAUUAAUAAAUAAUAUAUAUCUUACUUUCUUAAUUUCUCACCUACAACAGUGGCGCAUCCAUCGCCAGUAGGUUUCAGUUCUUAUUUUGAAUACUGAGCGAAAAGAGGAAUAUAUUGGUUUUACAAUAAUAUUUAUUAAUUUUUUUUUUCAUCUGUGAACAACUUUUCUGCCAGAUAACUUCCAUGCUAGAUAAUUUUCCUGAGAUGGUACGUUAAGGAGGUGAUUUUUUAUUUUCCUAGGGUUUUCACAAUAAAUAGGAAAACCAGGAAAAAACGUAGGAAAAACGGGAAAAUGUACGAAAUUUAUUAUUUUUCAAAUCUUUUAUAUUACGACCUUUCAAUACACGUAUAACCGAACUCAGCUCUGUAUCUUCUUAAAACCUACUAAUACAAUGUGAUUGGCUAGAUUUUCAACUUACCCGCUUCUCUUAGUCGAUGAAAACCACUGUUGGUCCAAACGUGAUAACCCCCCCCCCCAUAGGAAUUCAGUGUGUUCUGAGUGUUCUAGUGGUUCUAAAACCAAGACGAAAACGGCAAGGCCAAUGCCGUAGAUAGGGCUGGGCAAGCCUGGUUCAGGCCAAGAGCGCAUCUCAGAAAAGAGCACAAAUUCCAAAAUGUAUGCACGAUGGAAACGUAUAUAAGUGGGUUAUUACGCUUAUAAAGCCGUAGAACGGAAAUGUGUGUGUGUGGCCAGAGACACCGAGAAAGCCUGUUAUGGUUUCGGCCUUUUGGGCUAGGGGUACAUAUAUAUAUAUAUAUAUAUACGUUUGGUGGAAAACGGCAAAGGUUCUGAAUGUCAAAAUCGAUCCCGCCGAAAUCGCGACUUUGCGACGGUGACAUACUACUAUUAUAACCGAACCGAAUGAAUACACCAUUCUUAACGUAACUGUAUUUGUAUGUUCUCAGAGCGACUGUGGUUCAGAUUUCAAAAAUUUGCUUAUCACACUUGUUUCGUCGUAAUAAGACGCGUUGUAGUCUAACGCGCGCACGUCCGUUCCACCGUCAUCGUGGACGCGCACCGAUCCCGCUACUACCGCUACCGCAAUCACAUUAUUGAUAUUAUAUUUGUACUGUUAUUAUUAUUACUAAUAUUAUUAUUACGGUCAAGCAACAUUUUCAGACUACAGUAUACACGCUAACACGCACGGGCACGCGUUUAAACACUUGACGUCGGAAACUCGCGUAAAUAAUAACGCACGAGUGGUGUAUUACCGGUGUAACGUUGUUUCGCAAAUAUCUUUCGCCCUCGCCCGUUGGCUUUUGCCGUUUUUCCCGCACGACAAACGCUCGGUAACCGUACAUGCCAAUGUUAAAAUACCGACGCGCGAAUAAACCGCCGUUUACACGCGCGGGUACACACCCGUAUACACACAAUACAUUAUAAUAUUAUUAUUGUGUUUCAUAUUAUUAUUGUAACACCCGCUCUAGAAAUGCGUAAUGUUUGAUUGUAUGUAUCCGUAAGGUUAUUUUAUUAUAAUAUUACCGCUAAAAAUUAAAAAAAUAUAUAUAUAUUUAUAAUAUUGCGUUAACUAGUAAUGGCUUAUUGUUUUUUUUUUUUUUUUUAACCUUAUAUUAAAAUAUAUUUAUAAGAAACACUAUCGUGGUAUUAAGGAAGCACAUCUUUUUUGAUUAAAACACGUGCGCCGACGUUGAUAUUUUUUAUUUUUGUUUAUUUUCCGUAUCCUCUAAUCUGUUGCAUAUUAUUCCGUUGCAAUGUUACAUAACGUAAUAAUAAUAUGCUGCUGGUUUUCUCGGGCCCGAAAUCUGGAAUAGAAUAUUUGCCCGUAAUACGCUAUACUAUAGAUCCCGAGAGGAAAACCCCCAAAGCAACAAUACUGUCAAAAUUGUAUGUAUAUAAAAAAAAAAAAAUCGGAUAUAAAAAUUGAAAUUGAAGUAGUGCUAACCGUUAUACCUAUGUAAUAACUAAAGUAACGCGAAGAUACCGAAUAUGAGUGUCUAAAUAGUUUGUAUCUAAUGUAUUUUCUUAAUUCCACAAUUUAUCGCUCUGAACAAUUAAUUUUAGACACUUGCUAACUAAAAUGUUAGCUAUGCGGGCUUCCCUCGAGAGAGUAGAUAGCACAGUUAUAUAACUGUGCUAUCUACUAUAAUUUAUAGACUGAAAAACCAUUCAGACGACAAUAUUUAUACGGUAAUUUAUGCAUACAUGUAUAAAUAAAAUUGAAACGGGUGUAUCUGUAAACUUUUUUUAAUAUUAUUAUUAGUAGUAGAUAGUAUAGUUGUUUUUGGAGAUUUCUUUUCCGGCAAUUUUUUCUCCCGGAGAUUAUUUUUCGGAUUACCGCACUAUAUGGGUACUCGUAUUACUCGUAUAUACCCGUAUAAAUCUUGGGUACAAAAUCCGUGGUCCGUCCAAUCUGUGCGUAACGCAUUGUCAAUUGGUCGAUGGCGAUUGAACGACCGGAUUGAACCGGUGAUACCGGUGAACCGGGGGGAUAUCUCGGCUCGAAAUUAUGCUUGUUUUCAAUUGAAUUAAUGACGAUUCUAUCUAUUUUCUAUGAUUUCGGGCCGGUGAAAACCCUAAAGCCCGGUGGCCCGGUACAUUCUCUAUCCGGCGCUGAUCGCAUCACUACAAAUCAAAUAAAUAAUAUUGUGGUGUAGCCGAGUUUCGCUUCAGUUUUUGAAAAAAGGCAUUGAUGAAAGUGAACCACAGACGGCGAUUGGCGGGUGCUAGGGGGGAUAACCCACAAAAUCAUCUACAGCACCUCUUAAUUGGUAAAAAAAUAAAUAAUUAUUCUAGCCUCCCUCCCGCCCCGAAAUUUAAAUGACCUUUUAUUAUAUGGUUUAUUGCGUUUUUGUGUGUUACAACAAAUGGGUGUGUGCAGGUAUUAUAAUAAGCAAGUGAUGAUUUUUUUUUUUUUUUUUUGCUCAUCACUAAAAUAGCCUUUAGUCAUAGCCAUAGCUCCCCCACCCCUAAAAUUCAAUCAAAUCUCCGUUUAUCAGGUGAGCCGAAUCAAUACCCGUUUAAAUUUGUGACGUAUCCCACUACUGGUCCUGUUGGUUCCCGCUGUAAUAUAGCCAAUUACGCGCAUUUCCCCUCCCAUUCUUACAGGCCCCUUCUCACCUUAAUUAAAUACCUUUUUCAAACGGAUACCAGUUCCGCGUGAGCUAUGGGCUCGGGAACCAAGUCGGUACUGGCCUGCGCAUGUGCGUAUAAGUGAUAAAUUAUAAUUCAUAAUAUUGUUCACAUACCUAUUUGGAUGGUCAUUCGAGUUUUCGCGGUAACCGUGGCCUACAGGUACUUGCAGGUAGAAUGCACGAAUACGCGAAAUGUUUUCAUUUCUCGCACUGGGGAUAAACGAAUCGUACUUUUACCUAAAUUGAAUUAGUCGAACUUCACUUAAUGCAAAAAUGUGAUAUUUGAAAAAAAAAAAAACUUUCACGAAAUAAAUCAAAACCGUUUCCCAGUCUUCUGUCUUAUAUAUCUACGAAUAAUAAUUUCGCUAAAUAAUAAUUUAAAUAAUUUGACAGGUUCGAAAAACACUUUUUAAUAUUCAAUUGUGAGUGUUUAUUUUUUUUUCGAAAACCUUUUUUUGACAAAAAUACAGUCCGAUCAUUUCUUUUUCACAGAAUUGCAAUAUCUGUCUGAAAUGAGAGUAAUUUGAAUUUACCCCUCGCGUUAUUUUAAAAACAAAUAUAAUAAAAUAUGUUAUCCUUGGUUAAAAAAAAAUCAAACGCCUUUAGUUAGAUGCACGAAAACAUGUCUUUCUCGUCACUACUAUAUAGUAUUGAUAUUUAUAAUUAAAUCGAGUAGAGAAAAACGCACGUCACGCGAAUGAAAAAUCGUAUUUAAUCCUUACGAUACCGUACUAUAUGGGUAAGAAACUUUACCAACAUUGCAGAGAUCGCGUUGACGAAUGAAGAGUACUCGGAUAUAAGACUUCGGCGAACCGUUUUGCAAGUAUAAUAUUAUUUGAUCGAUAUACUUACAGUACGGGUAUGCCAAUACUGUAAUCCGCAUUUUAUUACGUUACCGUGUCCUUAACCGUACGUGUCCUAUAUUAUGACACUUUACACUGCGGGUAAGUAGACCGUGAGAUCGAAGUCGAGAGUUUGGAUCUUCAAAAGCGGCCGCAUGUUUGCGAUAGCGAUGCCGGACAGGCAAACAACACAGGUACGCGUAAUUUAUCAUAAGUUAUACCUAACCGUUAUAUUUGAUGUGGCUAUACAAUAGUUAUUGGGUUAAAAGUUUAUAAUAUUAAGAAAUAUAAAAAAAAAUACUCAUCUAUAUUGUGUAAUGAUAAAUUUAGGGUUCGGAUGUUUAUGAAAUUGCGUAUUUUUUUCUGUUUGUCCAAUUCAAUGCUGACCUGGAUACAAAUUUGAUUCAUGUUCUACAGAAUCAAAUAACAAUAUAUUUACUUUGCAUACUUUUGCGUAUUUUAUGGUCUUGUAUUUUAGAUGCAUAUUUAUGGACUUUAAGAACAUAAAUGCAUAUUUCAGUAUAUUUUCGAACUUUUUUUUAAAAAAAUUUAAAUUAAUAACGAAAUAUAAAGCAAAAAAGCAUACAAUUUAAACAAAUUAAAAAAUCAGUAAAAUCCAUGUAUCGCACUGUAACGCUUUUAUUGUAAAUUAAUAUGUAGUAUUAAAAAAAUAAUAAAUAAAAAUAACCACUAAGAAAAAUACUACUAAUAAAAUUAAAUACUUAAGGUAAAAUAAAUUUUUUGUGCAUAUUUUGGUGUUUUUUUUUAAACUAAAAAUAAAAUGCAUAUUCGGUUAUUUUUUAGUGCAUAAAUGCAUACAUAUUACAGUUAUUUGAAGUGCAUAAACAUCCGAACUCUCAUGAUAAUAUACGAAAUAGGUAUGCUCUUAAAAUGAAAAUAUAUUUUAAAUUAUAACAUAUUUAUAUUUUGUUUUGUUAGAAUAAUACAAUAAGUUCUUAGUUUUUACUUAGGAAACACGAGGUAAAUAAAUUCGACUAGAUUUAAGAAUAAAAAUUAAAUAUAAGCACAUGUAUGGAACCUGUAGUGUGUGGAAAGUGGCUUUUAAAAAGUAAUCUCGUUCUCAUUAAUUAAAAAAAAAAAAAUAAUAAAAAUGAACUUUAUCUAAACGUUUCUGAUUUUUUAUUAAUAGGUAUUUAUAGUGCAAAUUCCAAACUAUAAUUUGUUUAUAUUUUUAAUUUGAAAAUACCAAUAUUUUAAUCUGUUUUGGAAAUACAAACAUAUUAUUGGUAUGAGUCAUUAAUCAUUAGUCACUUGCGUACUGAAUUAUAAAUAUUAAAACGUUCCUCGCAACUUGGAAUUCUUUCCCGCCCGUCGUUCCAUUGUUUUAAAAGUAAUACGCGUUCCAUGAGGCGUUCCCAUAAAAGUCCUUCUCAACACUAUACCGUUUCAAAUAGAAUUGGCCCAAAUCAAUUAUCAUCUUUGUCGUUAAUUUCGAUCGGAUAUGACUCGCUCUGCGAGAAAUGAAUACCCGUAUCGAUUACCGACGGAAUCAUUGAUAUUAUUACACGUGUCCAGAGUAUGAAAAAAAAAAAAAAAAUGAACGAACGAUGUAUGGAUGCCGUUAAAAAAAACUGCGUGGAUAAUAUUGUAAAGGGAGUUAAGUUAAACGGCUAAGAACAAUGUAUCGAAACUAUCAAACCCCAUUUUAAAACCGGCCAUGUCGGAACGAUAAAAUGCCGACCCGUAAAUCGGAAUAAUAAUACGUGUUACGUACAAACGCACUCACGUUGCACACAUCUAUACACUUGUAGCUGCCUACACCGUACGCCUUAAAAACAAUUCGGUUGUCUGUUCUAUUUCGGGUGAUUGUAUUUCUAGAACCAAAUUAUCCAAAUUUAUAUUCCGUCGUAACGGCGAGCAAUUGCAUUUACACGAUUCGAUGUUGAAAAAAGAUUUGAAUAUUUGUCGAAAAAAGUUUUCAGAAUUUUUAAGUGUGGUUAAAGCCUAUGUUAUCGAAUACUUGGAGUUUUCACAACAUUUAAGGAGUAUCCAGUGGCGAUAACAAAUUUGGUUUUUCGAAUGGGAAUUAUGUUAAAAAUUCCAUGAAUAGACAGAAUGUUACAUUAAUUACAUUUUGGUGUGAAAACGUUCGAUUUCCGUCGGCCCGUCAACGAGAUAAUUCACUUUUAGGUUUAGGUAGGGGGGGGGGGUGGCGAGUAGUGGAGUACUGGAGUAUCGUUUAUGUGGCCGAACGGCACACGGCGUUUUAUAGUGUUCCACUACUCUCCUCCUACCAACAUUUUAAAAGUGAAACAUCACUAUUACACCCACCCAUCAGCUAUCGUCCGUUCAGAAAUCUGAAUCAAAACUAUAAUUUUGACAAUUUUAUACGAUUAUAUUAUAUCAUAUUGAAUGUUGAGCGAACAGUCCGCAUUGUAUAAUUUCAGCAGCUAAAGAUUUCGAUAACGGGCGGAAAUAGCGCGAAAAGGGUAAUGGGCGCGAAACGCAUGGGCGCUGUGCGCGCGGCACGCCUAAAAGCUAUUGCUCGUCACAGCAAAUAUGAAUGGGGUGUGCGGAUUAGUAAUCGAUAGGUACCUAGCAUUAUUGAUUGCCUGCAUAAUAUAAUCGACGCUGGCACCUGCUUAUAGUAAUAGCGUUACAAUAAUAGACUCUCCGAUCGCAAAUUCGCCGCGCUGGUAAAUUAGUAAUAAUCGUCUCAUAGAAAAAGACGAAAAAAAAAAAUGGUCGCGUUUUUUACAACGUCGUCGAAAAUAAUUCGCGAUCGUCUAAAUGUCUAUUUUAAAAGUACUUAUAUGGACGCACAAUAAUAUUAUCGUUGCCUAUACUCAGUCUGUGUAAAAGACACUUUUAAAACGUAUUCGAGUACAGCGUUUAAAAUAUGUAUUUGAAUACUCGGGCAAAAAAUAUUAAUGUACAAAUACUUUUCAAAAGUAUUUAUAGAUACUUUCAAAUACUCAAAUUACUUUUUUUUUUUAUACAAAAAUGUAAUUCAAGUAAAGGUAUUUCCAAUUUUGUUAUAACAUACUAAUUACGCGAAACGCAACAAUCUAUAAAUAUAAAUAAAAUUGUUUGAAUUAUUGAAAUUAUUUGAAAAUUUGAACUGUUUUAUUUAAAUUUGCGUUCUUGUGCAUCAAGCAAGACGGAAAAUUAUCUAAAAACAGCAUUUUAUUUUGAAUACCGAUACUUUCAAAAAAAAGUAUAUAAAUAGUGCGCCCAAGCACUAUUAUCGAGUGUAUUUAAAAUACGUAUUUGAGUACUUGAAAAGCAUCUGAAUACUUUUACUCAAGUACAUUACAAUACGGCCUACAUAUUUAUUAAUAAAUUAUUAUUCGAUUGUUUUGUUUGCAGAGCGAUUGCGAAGCGGACUGCAAAAGUUUACUAAAGACCGUCGUAGACCAAUAAACUGCAAACACACACGUGCUAACACACCCGCAAUAUUACCAUUAUUUACUGUCCAACGCAAACGUUACUUAUAUUAUUAUUAUUAUGCAUUCCAUUUAUAUUUUGUGUUCGAUAUCCACCACUAUUAUUGUUAACUAUUUAUUACCCGCCUGUUUAUUGCCCGUUAUAUUAUCACCACCGUGCUAUGGCACGUAAUCGGCCGACAGAAAAAUGCCAAUAGUGCACGUGUUUUUAAACCCGUACGUAAUAUUAUACACUUUGAACGAGGCUUUAUAUUUUAUAUUUUUUAACCAUGCUUUAUACGAAUACCUUAUUAUUAUGUAUACGCGCGUACGCUUCGAUAUUUAUUAUUAACGUUUCCUUGUAAUAAUACAACAUUAUAUUAUCGACUAGUUGGAUUGGUUAUUUGUUUUUUUUAUUCA